AUGAGCCAACAAAAGAGGAGAUUUGAUCUUCCCACGGUAGAAGAACUGCGAGAUGAGGAAGACUUUCUCAACAAAGGGUGGGACGAUUUUGCACAUGCACUUAGCUUACCAUUAGGACCUCAAAGCACCUCUCAUCCCACACAGCUUGUUCUUGACCGGCGUGAGAACAAGCCUGAUGACCAACCUGCACUCACGCUGGCGGACAUCAUCGGCAGCACGAUGGCGAUCAGCGAGAUGCAGGUCGCAGCAGUGUUGAAACAAGUUAGCCAACCUACCUCGUCUCAUCACUGCAUUGAUUGGCUUACUGGCGAUGGUGCACCAGAUCAUCCAGGGACUACUCGAGUUGGAAGGAAAGGGUCUCGUGUAUGGGGAAUUGAAAGCAUCCAACAUCUUCCCCAGCACAGAUGGCGAAAUUCGCCUUGCUGCUUUCGGUCCACGCCUCCAACCGGCCAGAAUAUUCACAGGAAGUUGGAAUUCCGGCUGCGAGGAACUGGGCCACCUGGCCAACCAUAUGCUGACAAGAGUUCCGCGACUGCUUGGUCGGACGCAGAAUAG